AAAGAAUGUCCCAGCCUCACACACCAACUUUCAUGAUAGGCUAACACUCCAUACUGGUACCUGACUGCAAGCCGAGUCUCUAGUCCUCCCUCUUAGCACCAAAAUUGAUGCCUCUGGUGGCGUCUCAGUGAGAGAGACACCACCUUCGGCCCAUGGCCGAUAUUCUGCAGGCUCCUACACUAGGAAAGAACAAUAUUCUAAAGGAGAUACCAUACAACUCAUAGGCUACAAACCCUUUGCAUCUGUUCUGCUCCGAGGGUAUUUUCUUUGAGUGUUCUCCAGCCAGAGGUAACCAUGUCCAGGAGGAAGGUUAGGGGACUGACGCGAACGGGGCGGCAGGUGAGCGAGGACCCUGAUCUGGACAACCUGCUGUCCAACCUGUCCCCUGAGGAGAUGGAGGAGCUGGAGAAGGAGGUGUUGGUGAUACCGGACCUCGUUCCCAACGAGGGAAUAGAACAGCCUGCCACUAACGCUGUCCGGGACCGGGAUGCUAAGCUGGACAGCCGAGAGCGUCCAGGGAAGCUCAGCCAAAGGGAACAGUCUAUUGAGGGAGAACCCAAGAAGGAGAGCCGGAAACAAGAGUACCUGAGGAAGAUGGGCCUGAGUCAGGAGGGGAAGGAAGGAGGAGGGAUCAGGAGGCAAUCAAGUAUCUCCACUGAACGAGAGAACAAGAUGGUGGAGAGAAAUAACAAAGGCCCGGACUGUACUAAAGAGGACAGAGCCAGCCUGUCCAGUAGAUACAGGAGAGAGGAGAGCAAAGAAAAAGAUGUGAAAGAGACCCCUAGAGAAAGCUUCAAAAGAGUUGAGAGUAGCGACACUGACGUGAAAGAUACAACUAGAGACAGAUUCGGGAGAGGGGAGAGUAGGGACAUUGUAGAGAAAGAGGAUGCCAAAGAAAGAGAUAAAAAUGAGGAUAGCAAGCUUAAGGAGAAAAGAGACAAUAGAUUGAGCACCAGUAAUAAGACAAAAGAAAUGAUCUCCAAGUUACAGGAGAAAAAAGAAAAAGAGGAGAUCAAGGAGAAAGAAAGAAAGGAGGAGAUUAGGAAAAGAGGUGAAAACAAGACGAGGGGACUUGUGUCAAAGUUGGUGGAAAAGCAAAGUCACAUUGAAGAGAGUAAACCAGAAGAUAAGAAAUCCAGAGUGGAAGAGAAAGACAAGCCCAAUAAAGACAAGUUUGACUUGAAACUUGAGCGUCAAAAGUUGCCAAAAGAAGAGGAGAGCGGAAGUGAGAAGGAAGAUCCUAAGGAGAAAGUGAAAGAAGAUGGUAAGGAUAAUGAGAAAGACAUGGUGUUAAAACGUAAGGACAGUAUGAAAGCGAAAGAUAGGAGUAUCACAGAUAAGGAAACAGAAGAGAAAAAGGGAAAAGAUUUGAAUGAAGGACUAAAAUCCAUCAAGGGUGAUGAACAACGUGGGAACUGUGUGGCGAACAAGAGCACACCUAGCAAGCCCAAAGUAGAGGAGGAAGAAGACGAGGACUCCAGCAUGUUCGAUGACCUCAUAGAGCAGGUUCGCAGCAACGACCCCACCUUGACCGAGCUCAAUGUCAACAACUCUGAGGUCAUCAAGGCUAAAACACUCAUCCAGUUUGCAGAGGCCUUGAAUAAAAACACCCACAUUAAGACAUUCGCCUUGGCCAACUGCCGUGCUGACGACCAUGUGGCCUACGCCAUCGCUGGCACCUUGCGCAGCAACACGUCCAUCACAAGCAUCAACCUGGACUCGAACCUUCUCACCCCCAAGGGUAUAAUGUCCCUGAUCCAGGCUUUGCAGAAGAACACUACACUCACCGAGUUGCGCUUCCACAACCAGAGGCACAUCUGUGGGGGCAAGACAGAAAUGGAAAUGACCAAGAUAUUGAAAGACAACACCACCCUCCUGAAGCUGGGCUAUGGCUUUGAGCUUGCCGGCCCACGCAUGACCAUGACCAACAUCCUGAGCCGUAACAUGGACAAGCAGCGACAGCGGCGCCUACAGGAGCAGAAGCUUGCCCAGGCCAAUGGUGAGAAGAAAGGGGCGCUGGAGGUCCCCAAAACUGCUGGAGGAUUCCUCCAGGGUUCCCCCAGGGCUUCCCCUACACCCUCCCCACAUCCCUCACCAAUGCCCUCGCCGAAGUUGACUCCUAAAAGAGGACGAGGAGGGGGACCUCCUCCACCCCCUCCUCCUGGAGGACCACCCCCACCUCCACCUCCCAUGCUGGACAUAGACUCCCUACGCAACUCCCUGACGCCUGCAUCACAGAGGAAGAUGGAUGAUAAGGCCAAUAAAGCCGGUGUUAACUCCAGGGACCAACUGCUGGACUCCAUUAGGAAUGCCAAUAUGAAGAAACUGAAGAAGGUUGCAGUACCAAAGCUGUUGCAGUAGUCCUCUGGAAUCGAGACCAUAACCCAAGAAGUAGGAAGGACAUAGAUCUCACAGGUGGUCUUGAGCGUGGAUCAAAACUCCUACACAUCCCAUGCAUAGAUAGACACACAGUCUGACCACUGUGCUGCGAGGUUGAUAAGGCAGGCAAGCAGAGAAUGAACAGAUGAUUUCUAUUGGAUGCACGGCUUCCACUGUGAUGUGAGUUCUCUCUAAGCUAUAUACUGGACCGUAGGGACCCUGUGGAGGGAGUUUUUCAGCAGGACGUGCCCUGAGGUCCUAUUUGUCUGCCUUUGUCUGUGUUGAUACUUUGCCUGUUAUUUGCACUAGAUUAUGAAGAAGUUCAUAUGGUAUGUGGACAAGCAUAUGUGGCAUGACGUGUACAGUAUAAUGUGGGAGAGUGGUAACUGAAAAGCAGGUCAAACAGUUUUCUGUAAAUUCUAUACAAAUCUACUUUAACAUUAAUUGAAAAAUUGGACUGUAAUUUGACAGUUUAUUUAUUUGUGGAGGGAAUCACUUCGUGGCUUGUGACAUAUAAUUUUGCCAAAACUGCUGAUUCUCCAUGGUAUAUUAUCAGGGAAAUAAAAUGGGGUUAGACUUCAACAAUUCACAGGGGAGGAGAGAGGUGGUUUGUAAUGUGUGUCGUUGCCAAAUCUCAAGACUGACAUCUCAGGCAAAGUUUUCACAUAAAAAGCAACCUAUAAUCCCAGUCUUCUUUGAACGAUUCAGUAUGGAAGUUCAGUCUUCUUUGGAUGUAAGAAUGGUCACCCCUUUAGUAAUAGCUUUAUACAUAACGUUGUUAUUUUCAUACAUUUUGCUUAAAGUGCAAAAAAGAAUAAUUCUAACAGAAGAAAAAAAACGACACUCAAAAGCAAAGACAACAAAUCAUAGAAUACUAUUUACAGCAACAACAAUGCAAAUAUAUUCUAGGCUGGAUGUCUUACUACUAAGGAUGUCAAAACAGUUUAUCUUAUUAACAUGUCAGAGCAGCCUUGUUGAGCUAUGCAAUACUAGCUCCCGAGUGGUGCAGCGGUCUAAGGUCUAAGGCCGUCAUUGUAAAUAAGAAUGUGUUCUUAACCUACUUGCCUAGUUAAAUAAAAAGUUAAAUAAAAUACAAAAUAAUAAUAAAUUAAUAAAAACUUUAAAAUUGGAUGUGAUGUUGUACAGAGUGUCUCGCUACUCUAAAAGUGACUAUUGAUUAUUUGUAUGCAUAAUGUGGUUUCUCUGUCAUAUUGGACUUCACUAACUUUACUUACAGAGCUUGUGUACCUUUAAUAAAAUGUACUUAUAUGUUUGCAAUUGAAAGUGUAAUAUAAUCAACUUUAUUUUAACAACUUUGCAAUGAAGUACAACAAGAAUAAAGGUAAAAAUACUCUGUCUAACAACAAGAUACCGGAUGAGGUAAUAUCUAUCCAUUAUUUGAUAGUACAGUACUGAUAAAGAAGAUGCGAGGGAUACUUUUACUGUAUUUUGUUUAAAUGUUAAACUUCUAUUAAAAAAUAUUUUCUUUUCA